GGCGCUGGUGGCUGCGGCAGCGGCGGUUUCUGCGCAUGCUCCGUCGGCCUCCCGAACUCGCCGCCCGCCGCCCGCCCGCCGGAGACGAGUUCUCAGCCUCCCGACUUCAUGUGAAAGAUGGCCAAUGCUGAAGUGAGUGUCCCUGUGGGGGAUGUAGUUGUGGUGCCGACUGAAGGGAACCAGGGGGAGAACCCUGAAGACACCAAAACCCAGGUGAUCUUGCAGUUACAGCCUGUGCAGCAAGGGAUUUAUGAAGCGGGGUCGGAGAACAAUGCAGCGGUUGUAGCCGUAGAAACCCACACAAUACACAAAAUCGAAGAAGGGGUUGAUGCUAGCUCCAUAGAAGCAAACGAAGAGAUGGAAAUUGCAUAUCCUAUUACCUGUGGGGAAAGCAAAGCCAUCCUCCUCUGGAAGAAGUUUGUAUGUCCAGGAAUUAAUGUGAAGUGUGUCAAGUUCAAUGAUCAGUUGAUCAGCCCCAAGCAUUUUGUUCAUCUGGCUGGCAAGUCCACCCUGAAGGACUGGAAGAGAGCCAUUCGUCUGGGUGGGAUCAUGCUGAGGAAAAUGAUGGACUCUGGACAGAUCGACUUUUAUCAGCAUGACAAGGUUUGCUCCAAUACCUGCAGAAGCACCAAGUUUGACCUCCUGAUCAGCAGUGCCCGAGCGCCCGUGCCGGGGCAGCAGACGAGCGUAGUGCAGACUCCCACUUCGGCUGAUGGGGGAGUCACACAGAUCGCCAUUUCAGAGGAGAACAUGGAGGAGGCAGGGCUGGAGUGGAACUCGGCUCUCACUGCAGCUGUCACCAUGGCCACUGAAGAGGGGCUGAAGAAGGACCCCGAAGAGAUUUCAGAGGACACCCUGAUGUUCUGGAAGGGCAUAGCCGACGUGGGGCUCAUGGAGGAGGUGGUCUGCAACAUUCAGAAGGAGAUCGAGGAGCUGCUCCGGGGAGUUCAGCAAAGGCUGCUUCAGGCCCCCUUCCAGAUUACAGAUGCUGCUGUCCUCAACAAUGUAGCCCACACCUUUGGCCUGAUGGACACGGUCAAGAGAGUUUUGGACAACAGGAGGAGCCAGACAGAGCAAGGAGAGGAGCACUUUCUCUAUACUCUGACAGACCUAGAACGCCAGUUGGAAGAGCAGAAGAAGCAGGCCCAGGACCACAGGCUGAAGUCUCAGACCGUGCAGAAUGUGGUGCUGAUGCCCAUGAAUACCCCCAAGCCUCCAAAGAGGCCCCGCCUCCAGCGCCCCGCCUCCACCACUGUCCUGAGCCCCUCGCCCCCCGUCCAGCAGCCUCAGUUCACCGUCAUCUCGCCCAUCGCCAUCGCACCGAUGGGGCAGUCGUUCUCCAUGGGCAACCUCCCCAUGGCUACCCUCAGCCAGGGCUCCAGCCCUGUGACUGUCCACACACUGCCUUCUGGCUCCCAGCUCUUCCGCUACGCUACCGUCGUCUCUUCUGCCAAGACCAGCUCCCCUGAUGCAGUGACCAUCCACCCCUCCUCCAGCCUGGCACUGCUGAGUUCAGCUGCCAUGCAGGAUGGGGGGGCCUUGGGCAACAUGGCCACUGUGGUGAGCCCUGUGGAGCUGGUGGCCAUGGAGUCCGGCCUGACCUCUGCCAUCCAGGCUGUGGAGAGCACUUCGGAGGAUGGGCAGACCAUCAUUGAAAUCGAUCCUGCUCCGGACCCCGAGGCUGAGGAGCCGGAGGGCAAAGCCCUCAUCCUGGAGACUGAGCUGAGGACUGAGGAGAAGGUUGUGGCCGAGAUGGAGGAACACCAGCACCAAGUGCACAAUGUGGAGAUUGUGGUCCUAGAGGAUUAACUGGGAGCCUGGGGCCAGGAGACUCAUUCUUUGUUUGGGAUUUUAAUGAUUUGUUCAUUUUUACCACUGUCCUGCUCAUUUCCACAUAGGAUCCUUUUUUUUGUUUUGUUUUGUUUUUCCAAUUUAAAAAAAAAGACAAGAAAAAUCUCAGUAAUGUGACUGAACAUGCUGGUCCCCCGUCUUCCCCUCUCCCCCACCAGGUAAGCAGUGGACAAGACAAGUUGCCCUUAGAGAGGAAGGGAGGAGACUGCUGUCUUGCCCAGCCUUGCCAUCUAGAAGGUUGUUUCAUUUAGAUGAGGCAGCAGGAUGAGACCAGGCCCUCUGUCCAGAAUGCUCUUCCCAGACCGGUCUGUGUAUGAAUGUUUGUAAAGAUGUGGUGUUGCCCAGACUUUGGGUAUGGUUUAGACACCUGGAGAGCUUGGGGCAUGGGGUAUUUGAUUUUGCCUUUGUUCUUGGGAGAGAAGAGUGUGCCCUCGAAGGCCAAGGGAAGCCUGGCAGCCGGAGGAAGUUGGGGGAUGUCCAGAUUGCUGGUGGGGAACAGGAGUAUAUCAGCAUCUCCUUCAGUAAGGGAAGGGCUUUGACAAGGAUCUGGGUGGGGAGGGUGGCUUUCUUGGCUCUCAAAGGGUGCCCUGCCCCAGGACCCCAGAGGGCAGCAGCCAAAGGGCUGAGGUCGGGGGAAUGAGCCAUGGAACAGUGGCCCCAGGUAGGUCCUCGGUGCAGGUAAGUAGCAAAUGGAGGUGCCAGCUGCCGCCCAGCAGAAGCCCCGAGUGGGGCUCUGAGGACCGGGCAGCCUUUGAGGGAGGACUCCCAGGAAUGAAUCCUGAGAAGCAGGACGCCCCUCCCCAUCCUGUCCAGGGAUUUUGCUUUUUAAAGUGGCAUCGGCCCACUUUCCCGCCCACUCUACAGAUCUUUUCCCUCUGGUGCCCGUUUGUUUGUUGGUUAUUUUAUCCUCUCCCUUGUGAGCCCGUGCUCUGAAGCCAUCAUUUUUUUCAUUGUGUAACUCCAGGAGUAAGAGAAUUCUCCAGAUCAGCUGCUGCUUUGACUUAGAAGCAUUUUUCCUUUUUUUUUUUUUUUUUGACUUUGGAAUCUAAAGCAGCUGCCCAAUUAUUGGUGCUUCCUCUGAUCCUUAUCAUCAUCCCUAAACACCUUUGUCUUCUAAAAACCAAACCUUACAGGCUUUGGUCACCAGUCUGGAUAAGAACUACAGGUGCCUGCUCCUCCACCCCCUCCCCUCCUCGUUUGCGCUCCCCCCCCCCCCAUUCCCUCCUCAUUUCGUUUACUUCGGAUGCUGCUGCUGCAAGAUAAUGAGCUGGUAGCAGCCUUGGGUCUGGGCCAGAACUGAUGCUGUAGCCCCAGCCCUCUGUAGGCUCCGAGAAGAUGUCUCCUCCUGUGUGAGCUGGACUCCCCAGGAAAGAAGCAUUGUCUGUGACAUAUUAUAGGGAAUGUACCGGGAAUGUCAAUAAUAAUGUUUCUGGGGGUUUUGUUUGGUUUCCCUUAUUUUCUACAAAUUGUUUGGGAUUUGGGAGAGCUAUGUCUCUUUUUCCCUUUGGCUUCCUUUCGGCUAGGGGUUGAGGGGUGGGCAGAGGGCAGGAGGAAGCUGGUUGGUGCUGGGGCGAGGGAAGUGUAGCGAACCUGCUGGAUUCCAGACUGAGAGAAGAGCCAGAGGGAGGAGGGCAAGCUUGUGGGAUGGGAUAUUUCUUUUUUAUUAAAAGGAAAAUUUG